CCCUCGAAAUCUGAGAAAUUUCCGCUACAUAUCUUUAGAAUGGCGAACCCACCUCAUGGCGGUGUCCUCAAGGACCUGAUUGCGCGCGACGCACCCCGACGACAGGACUUGUACAACGAGGCUGAGAAACUGCCCGCCAUUGUGCUGAGCGAGAGGCAGCUUUGCGAUUUGGAACUCAUCCUUAGCGGAGGUUUCUCGCCGCUGGAAGGCUUCUUGAACCAGAAAGACUAUGAUGGUGUGGUCUCCGAAAACCGUCUCAGCGAUGGCAACCUUUUCAGCAUGCCCAUCACACUCGAUGUGUCGCAACAAACGAUAGACAGCGAGGGCGUGAAGCCCGGAGCUCGCAUUGCACUACGUGACUUCCGCGAUGACCGCAACCUGGCCAUCAUUACCGUCGAGGACGUCUACAAGCCAGACAAGCAGAAGGAGGCAAAGGAGGUCUUUGGAGGCGACCCCGAGCACCCUGCCGUCAAGUAUCUCUUCGAAACCGCACAGGAAUUCUACGUUGGUGGAAAGCUCGAUGCCAUUGACAGAUUAGAGCACUACGACUAUGUUGGCGCGCGCUACACCCCCGCUGAGCUCCGUCUGCAAUUCGACAAACUCGGUUGGUCCAAGGUUGUAGCCUUCCAGACCCGUAACCCUAUGCACCGCGCUCACCGAGAGCUCACCGUCCGUGCUGCUCGCGCCCGUCAAGCCAAUGUCCUCAUCCACCCCGUCGUCGGCCUCACGAAGCCUGGCGAUAUCGACCACUUCACCCGCGUGCGUGUAUACCAAGCGCUUAUGCCUCGUUACCCCAACGGAAUGGCUGUCCUGGCCCUCCUCCCCCUUGCUAUGCGCAUGGGAGGUCCCCGCGAGGCCAUUUGGCACGCCAUUAUCCGCAAGAAUCACGGUGCCACGCACUUCAUUGUCGGCCGUGACCACGCCGGUCCUGGCAAAAACUCCAAGGGAGAGGAGUUUUACGGCCCCUACGAUGCCCAGUAUGCUGUUGAGAAGUACAGGGAUGAGCUAGGCAUCGAGGUUGUCCCCUUCCAGAUGAUGACCUACCUCCCUGAUACCGAUGAGUACAAGCCCAAGGACGAAGUCGACCAGGGCGUACGAACUCUCGAUAUCUCUGGUACUGAGCUCCGUAAGCGUCUCCGUACUGGUCAGGAAAUCCCCGAAUGGUUCUCCUACCCAGAAGUCGUCCGCGUCCUUCGCGAGUCGCACCCCCCACGCAACAAGCAAGGUUUCACUGUCUUCCUCACCGGAUACCAGAACUCCGGAAAAGAUGCUAUUGCUCGCGCCCUCAACGUCACGCUCAACCAGCAAGGCGGCCGCUCUGUCUCGCUUCUUCUCGGUGAAACCGUUCGUUCGGAACUUUCAUCCGAGCUUGGCUUCUCUCAAGAAGACCGCAACACCAACAUUGGUCGCAUCGCGUUCGUCGCAGGUGAGCUCACUAGGGCUGGCGCCGCCGUCAUUGCCGCGCCCAUUGCCCCCUUCGAGAGCAGCCGCAAGAACGCCCGAGAACUCGUCGAGAAGUCCGGCAGCUUCUACCUUAUCCACGUCGCUACACCACUCGAAUACGCUGAGAAGACUGACAAGCGCGGUAUCUACGCCAAAGCGAGGAACGGUGAAAUUAAGGGUUUCACUGGCGUCGACGACCCGUACGAGGCACCCCAGAAGCCGGAUCUCACCGUUGACAUCUCCACAAGUAACGUGAGAACCGCAGUGCACCAGAUUAUCCUCCUUUUGGAGGCCGAGGGUCUUUUGGAGCAGUUGUAA